GUCCGGCCGGCGGCAGAGGGGAUGUCCUACUACUAACUCCACCAAAAAAGCAAAAAAAAAGCAAAAGAAAAAAAAAAAAACGAAAAAAAAAACAAAACAAAACAAGAAAACUUUCUAGAAACUCAGUCAACAGCAAAGCACUGACUGACUGACAAAAGUGUCGCAACUCGCCUCACUCCUGCUUCAAUGAAACUUGAACUACUUUUUUGUUGAACUCAAACAGAGGCACAGUCCGCACAUCCACUUCGGUCACCUCUUUUUUUUCUUGAAUGAGCCGGGUCACGCUUGCGUAGAGAGUUGUUGUUUUUUUUUUUUCUUUAUUUGAAUUCUCACGUUGGGAUAAAGUUUUUUUUUUUUUUUUUGUAUCAUUUAAAAGACUCGUGAUGGCUGUCCUGUCACUAGCGUCACUGCUGCUUGUAGGAUUUGUGUUGACUUCAGCUGACAAGGCUGGUGAAGUAGAUAGAGAGGAUCAGCUGAGGAGUCGGCUGAAGGAGUACGGCCUCGUCACUCCCUUCAGCACUGACUCCCAUGGACACUACCUGUCGCACCUCCUCUCCGCCACUCACAAGCAGCGCGUCAAGAGGGAGGUGUUUUCCACCGGUGAUUCUGAACAGAAACUUUUCUUCAACAUCACCGCCUUCGGGAAGGAGUUCCACCUCCGUUUGCACCCAAACAACAAGUUGGUGGCGCCGGGUGCGAUGGUGGAGUGGCACGAUGAGGUCGAAGGCUUCGGGAAUGUCAGCAACAGCACUGGUGGUGACGCCAGCGAAGGCGCCAACCAGACUGAAGCAACGGAGAGGAUACUGCGCCGUGAGCUGCUAAAGACAGACUGCACCUUUAUUGGUGACAUCACGGACGUCCCCGGGGCCGCGGUUGCCAUUAACAACUGUGACGGACUGGCCGGGAUGAUCCGCACUGACUCAGAUGAAUACUUCAUCGAGCCCCUGGAGAGAGGGACCCAGGAGCUGGAAGACCAGGGCAGAGUUCACGUGGUUUACCGCAGGUCGGCUCUGCUGCAGGCCCCCUCCGACAUCUCUGUGGACUACCAGCUACAAGAACCAGAGCUGAAUGUACCAGGGACCCUCGACUCUAUAUCCCGGCAGGUCAAUGAGACUGUGCACCGCCGUCGACGCCGCGACGCUGGGGAGGAUGACUACAACAUCGAAAUCCUGCUGGGAGUUGAUGACUCUGUGGUUCGAUUUCAUGGCAAAGAGCAUGUGCAGAAUUACCUCCUCACUCUCAUGAAUAUCGUCAAUGAGAUUUACCACGAUGAGUCCCUGGGAGUCCACAUCAACGUGGUCCUGGUGAGGAUGAUCAUGCUGGGAUACGCCAAGUCCAUCAACCUCAUUGAAAGAGGAAACCCAUCACGGAGCCUGGAGAAUGUGUGCCGCUGGGCGUUUGUGCAACAGAAAGGCGACCCUGAUCACGCCGAACACCACGACCACGCGAUAUUCCUCACUCGCCAAGGCUUCGGCCCCACAGGGAUGCAGGGUUACGCUCCGGUCACAGGGAUGUGCCACCCAGUCCGGAGCUGCACUCUCAACCAUGAAGACGGCUUCUCUUCGGCCUUCGUUGUGGCUCACGAGACCGGACAUGUGUUGGGCAUGGAGCAUGACGGUCAGGGCAACCGCUGCGGGGAUGAAACAGCGAUGGGGAGUGUUAUGGCUCCUCUGGUGCAGGCGGCCUUCCAUCGAUACCACUGGUCCAUGUGCAGUGGACAAGAGCUGAAGAGAUACAUCCACACAUAUGACUGUCUCUUGGAUGACCCCUUCAAACACGACUGGCCGCAGCUUCCUGAGCUACCUGGCAUCAACUACUCGAUGGAUGAGCAGUGUCGUUUUGACUUUGGAGUGGGCUAUAAGAUAUGCACUUCAUUUCGCACAUUCGACCCAUGUAAGCAGCUGUGGUGCAGCCAUCCGGACAACCCUUACUUCUGCAAAACCAAGAAGGGACCCCCUCUCGACGGGACUGAGUGCGCUCCUGGAAAAUGGUGCUACAAAGGUCACUGCAUGUGGAAGAACCCUAAUCAGGUCAAGCAAGAUGGCGUCUGGGGCUCCUGGAGCAAAUUUGGCUCCUGCUCGCGCUCGUGUGGAACUGGAGUUCGCUUCCGGACACGUCAGUGCAACAACCCAGCGCCCUCCAACGGUGGCCAGGACUGCCCAGGGGUGAACUACGAGUAUCAGCUAUGUAACACUGACGACUGCCCCAAGCACUUCGAAGAUUUCCGAGCCCAGCAGUGCCAGCUACGCAACUCCCACUUUGAGUUCCAAAAUGCCAAGCACCACUGGCUGCCCUACGAGCAUCCCGACGCCAACAAGAGAUGCCACUUGUACUGCCAGUCAAAGGAGACGGGAGACGUGGCGUACAUGAAGCAGCUGGUGCAUGAUGGGACACGAUGCUCCUACAAAGAUGCCUACAGUAUCUGCGUGCGUGGAGAAUGUGUGAAAGUCGGCUGCGACAGAGAGAUUGGCUCCAGCAAAGUUGAGGACAAAUGUGGCGUUUGUGGUGGAGACAACUCCCACUGCCGCACCGUUAAAGGAACCUUCACCAGAACGCCAAAAAAACCUGGUUACCUUAAGAUGUUUCUCAUUCCUCCUGGAGCUAGACAUGUGAUCAUCCAAGAACAUGAGGCCUCCCCUCAAAUUCUUGCAAUCAAGAACCAGGCAACGGGGCAUUACAUUCUGAAUGGAAAAGGAGAGGAGGUCAAGUCCAGAAGUUUCAUUGACUUGGGCGUUGAGUGGCACUACAUCAUCGAGGAGGACGUGGAGACACUGCACACCGACGGACCUCUGCACGACCCCGUGGUGGUUCUGAUUAUACCCAAGGACAAUGAGACACGGUCCACUUUAAUGUACAAGUACAUCAUCCAUGAAGACUCAGUGCCUGUCAACAACAACAAUGUCAUCCAGGAGGAUACGUAUGAGUGGGCUCUGAAGAGCUGGUCUCCAUGUUCCAAACCUUGUGCCGGCGGUUACCAGUACACCAAGUAUGGCUGUCGAAAGAAGGGGGACACCAAGAUGCUCCAUCGAGGCUACUGCGACGCCAGCAAAAAGCCAAAGCCCAUCCGCAGAAUGUGUAAUCUUCAGGACUGCACACAGCCUCAAUGGAUCUCAGAAGAAUGGGAGCAUUGUACCAAGACCUGCGGCACCCUGGGCUUUCAGAUACGGACAGUUCGGUGUGUGCAGUUCCUCCACGACGGCACCAACCGCUCCGUCCACAGCAAGUACUGCAGCGGGGAGAAGCCAGAGAGCCGGAGGCCCUGUAACAGAGUCCCAUGUCCAGCCCAGUGGAGGACCGGAGCGUGGUCAGAGUGCUCUGUGACCUGCGGAGAGGGAAUGGAGAGGCGUCUGGUCACUUGCCGGAUUGGAGAUCAGUGUAACGGAGACAAACCUGAAAAUGUGAGACAGUGCAGACCGGGACCCUGCCAUGAUGAGCCAUGUAAUGGAGACAAAUCCAUCUUCUGCCAAAUGGAGGUCCUAGCACGGUACUGCUCUAUUCCAGGCUACAACAAACUGUGCUGUGACUCCUGCAGCAAGCGCAGCGGAGCUCUGUCACUGUUUUCAGAUGCUGCUGAGACGGAGGAGCACGUCCGAUUUGGAUCAGCCUCCCAGCUGCUAGAGACAUUAACUGCCUCGGUGGCAGCCAACGGCACACGCAGUGGGAAACAAGGCUCAGGCAAAGGAUCAGCCCCAACAGGCAAAGCCGCAAAACAGGUCACCACCCCUGCUCAACUUAAGAAAACCCCAGCGAAGAUCACCACAGCACCAAGGCGGGUACCACGACACAUCGGGCUCACUGGCAGGAAGCUGCCUGCCAUGACAACACUCCCCCUGGCAGACCCGACUGAGGGUCAGAGGUCAAGCAGCUUGACAGAUAGUCGGUGGCCUACAUAUUCCGAAGUGGGGAGAUGAAAGUGACGCCCUUUUCCCAUCUGAACUUUUAAUGUACAGUAGAUCAUUCAGCUUCAUCCUGAGUCUUUUCAAACCAAAAAACACCACAGAUCGAGAAACAGAGAGAAAGAUAGAAAAGUGCUGGUUCACUUUGUUGUGAAGACAUUCCCUUUCCUUUUGCCCCUGAUAUUGACUUUCAUACUUGAUAUUGAGAGGAGAAAAUGUCACAGUCAUAUUAUGAUAAAGGGGGAAUGGUACGAAGGUAAUUUUCAUCUGUGUCAAAUGAAAAGCUUAAUGAAACACAGCUGCAGUAGUUCAUAGUGAAUAAUUAUAAUGGUUCAAAAUAGCCAAAGGACAGAUUUAAUUGAAUUAAAGAAUCUAUUUUUCUACACUGCUCCAAACUUCAAACAUGUCAGUAAAUGUUACUGGUUGUGUAAUUCCAACCAAACUCUUAACUUUUUUGACACGAGUCAUGAAGCCUCGCAUUUCCCCUCUGAUUGGUCCUUUUUCUGGUUUUGUCAUUUAAUGAAUCAGGCCAUGAUGUCUGCGCAGCAUUUUAGCAGGUCCUCCAGCUAACACUCUGCAGACAGCGAGAGAGAAAAUGUCAGCAGGCCCAGACAUCAAAGUGUCAGUGUGAACGUUCAUGACAACAGAUCAUUUAAUGCAGCUGAAAAGCCCCUUUUUACUUGAAACAAACUGCCUUUGUCUUGCCAAAAAAAAUCAACUUUUAAGCUUGGGCGCAUAUAGAAUCUAGCUUUCCCAGUACUUGAGGAGUAAUAGCAUAUACAGUAUCAUCCACCAGACUUUAUGUGGCCACAUAUGGAAAGUGGCCAGAGGUAAACAAGUUAAAACCAUUAGGAAAAUGGUUUCAGUUGUAUAGACGUUUGAUAGCCAGUGACGUCUGUUGAGUGGCACUCCACAGUUUGUAUGGAAAUGGGUAUUUAUAAAGGUUCCUGUAAAUACUGUACAUGAAAAUAACAGUAUUAUUUGAAUAAGCUAAGGAUAUUUUCAAGCACCCUUUCAAUCAAUUAGAGUGAUAUGAUUAUUUCUAAUGUUUACAUUUUCAGCAGCAGUGUUGAAUGGACAUUAACAGUCACUGUUACACACUCGAACGCUGGCACAAGGUGCUCUUGGUAAUGUUUUAAAAGAAUAGGUCAGCAUUUUGAGAAAUAGGAUUAUUUGCCUAAUUGCACAGAGUGGAUAAGAAGAUUGGUACCACUUUCAUAUCCAUGCAGUCAAUAAAACACUUCAGCCAGUAGACUGUUGUCUUAGCUCUGCAUAAAGACUAGAAGCUGUAGUUAAUUAAUUAAUCUGUUCUGUUUAAUUCGUACAAAACUGAAGUUUAAAAACAGCACAAAUAUAUUUUGUUAUCUUUGGAGAGAGCCAGGCCAGCUGUUUCUAUCGAUACACUAAGAUAACUUUCUUGGUGCUGUCAAUUUAUGUUUACUGUGCAGAAAUAAAAGUGGUUUUCGUAUUCUCUUAUGACAUCUAGCAAGAAAGAGAUAAAGUGCACUCCCCUAAAUGUCAAACUAUUCCCAUUACUUCAUCCCAGCCUUCAUCUUUUUCUAAAUCAGAAGUAGGCUAUGUAUGGUGCUAGCAUGCAACCUCUUUUACACUUUGUAUUGCCCUCUUGUCAAAGUCUUCGCUCAGAAAGGUUGAAGUUGUUAGGGUAAAGAAGGGAACAAACCAGGGAACAUAUUUAACAAUACAUGUCACGUGUUAAUACUAUAUAUUAGAUACAGCCGGCUCUUGUUCAGCUCGGACAGACGUGACUUUUCACUAUGCAAAUGAAAUGUAUCCUUCUGUUCUUCUUUGAUGAAACCACACAAGAAACAAACACACAACUUGAAACGUGCUCCGCUGUUAAGUUUUUAUGUUAACAUAAGUUAACAAUUAGAUUUCCAACACUUAAAGCUUCAUUAAGCAUUUUUUGACCACUAGGGGGCAGAAAGACUCUCAAACAAACAGUACAGUCCACGUGUGCCCAUUCACCUACCAGAGGGUUACUGGUCGACUCAUCCAGCAGAAACAGAGCAAUACGAGCGUCUGAUUGAAUCCUGUGUGUGUGUCCACCUGAUAAAUGAUCACUCGCAUUUUAACUCCUAUCUGGACUUUACCAACUCCUGAGGGAAAUCUAUCUCCUCAGCUCGGUGCUGUUUGGUCCUGACUAACUUACACUCAGCUUUUUGAUUUAUCUGUUUGAGUUCACAAGGGUGAAACCAAUGUGCUAUGAGCUGUGUAGUGCUGGUGUCGGGUGUUAAUUCUCAGUAGGUUAAUCUCUGUGAGAGACCCUUUACCAUUACACAGAGUCGUUUUAAUAUCAAAAAUCUCGCUUAAUGGAGCUUUAAGCUCAUUGCAUUCUUUCACAUUCAGUCUGAACAAGGUUGUACUGAAUAUAUUGUAUUUACAGGAAGAAAAGCCUCACUGUAAGCACAAGAAGCUGGACCUUCAGAGGAGUUUUACUGUAUGUGGAACAUGUUUUUUUUCCACCUAAGUGUUUCCUAAAUGGCUUUUUUUUUUGAUGGUGGACGAAGGUUCAGGAGAGAAAAGCUAUUUAUUUACGAAUUCAAGAAAUUCCUCACAACCACCAUGCAUCUGACUGCAAUAGCAAAGACACAGUUUUGUGUUUUCAGCAAAGAAAUAGCUCGCAACUAUUCACACUCACUCCUGUGUGCCAAUGUAUAGUACAUGUAUAUAGCAUUGAGUACAUGAAUAUUUAUUGAGAGUUAAAGGGUUCUGCUUUGUUUUUACGGUAUGUGCGGUGCCAACUGGUCAAUAAGCUGCAGCCAUUAAACAACUGAAAACUGACCACAUUCAUGACGCCCUUUUCUUUUCUUCAGCCACAAUUUCAAAAUUUAAAAGGCUUGCUACUUAAAAAAAAUCCAAAAAAAAAAAAAAAAAAAAAAAAACACAAUAGACUAGAAUUGACAUUGUUUUGUUUGCAAACAAUUAGAUGUAAAUAUACAUGCUCAAUUUUGAGAUGUUUUACUUGUCGUCAGAAAGCUGUCUUUUCACAGCCGUUUCGUAGAGGUUGUUAACAGAGCUGUUACAUCAGUGCAACAUGUACUGGCAGUCAAACGCUUUAUUUUAACCAAUAAAACAUUAUUAGCGUAGUAACAGUAAUGUUGUUUAUAAUGCUGUUUGUAGUUGUCAGUAUUGUCUAACCAUUUUACAUUUUCCUCCCUAGUCCUCUUCACAUCCUUUAGCCUAUCUGCUGCCUAUACGUCAUUGCUGCUUGUUAUGCAGAGUUUGUAAUGAAAGAUAGAGUAGCUUUAGAUGUUACAUUGACAAUCCCUGAGCCUCAGACAGAUAUUACUGCAUAGGAUUCUCCAUGUACUGUAUCAAUACCCCUGUGCUAUCCGUGCAUUGAAGGAUUAUGAUUGUCAUAACUGUCAGUCACUCUCUGCUCUAUUUUUCUUUUUCUAUGUAUUUGUGUAGAUCGAAGUGUACACUACUGAUGCUGUUUGUUGUAAUGGGGAGCACAUAGCAAUAAAAGAUCUGAUUAACUAC